CGCGUGGCCGCCAUCGGGGGCGCGCCCGGGGGCUCCCCUUGUGUGUGUGUGUGCGUGCGGGGCCGGGGCCAUGGAGGAGCUGAGCAGCGUGGGAGAGCAGGUCUUCGCCGCCGAGUGCAUCCUCAGCAAGCGGCUCCGCAAGGGCAAGCUGGAGUACCUGGUCAAGUGGCGGGGCUGGUCCUCCAAGCACAACAGCUGGGAGCCCGAGGAGAACAUCCUGGAUCCAAGACUGCUCCUGGCUUUCCAAAAGAAGGAGCACGAGAAAGAAGUGCAGAAUCGGAAGAGAGGCAAGAGGCCCAGGGGCAGGCCCAGGAAACAUGGAUUUGUGUUAACUUCCCCUGUCUCCAUUGCUUUGCAGGAACCAGAGAUGCCUGUAAAAACUAAGUCAAGUAGCUCCUCUUCCUCCACAUCCUCCUCUUCCUCCUCCUCUGAUGAAGAGGAUGAAAGCGACCUGGAAGCAAAGAGAGGUUCCCGCAGCAGAGAGACUCAUCCAGUACCACAGAAGAAAGCUCAGAUCCUGGUGGCAAAGCCCGAACUGAAGGACAGCUCCAGGAAGAAGCGUGGACGAAAACCUCUUCCCCCAGAGCAGAAAGCAGCUCGAAGGACCGUGAACCUGACAAAGGUGCUGAAAACAUCCCGGAAGGAGGUGGGCAGCAGCAACAAGCUGAUGGGGAAGCUGCAGCCCCAGCACGGCACACAGGGCUCGGGCAUGGCCCUGCUGAAGGACCCACCGGGCACCUUGGCUGGGCUUAGCUCGGGGGGGUCAUCAGCAGAAAACCUGCCCAACAUGAUGAAGAGCGGCUCCACGAGCCCAAACCGAGCCAUCAGCUGGCAGAGCUCCAUCGUGCACUACAUGAACAGGAUGUCCCAGAGCCAGAGCUCGGCCGAGAGCUCACCCCUGGGCAGGCUGGCGCUCAAGGCGCAGGCAGCCAGUAAAAGCGGCUUAGGGCUGGACUUAAAAAUGAGGAACCAGAAAGCAUCUGGAGAGCUUGGGCUGAGCACGCAGGGACCCAAGAGUGCCAAGGCUCUGGGUGGCGCUGGAGGGGACCAGAAGUCAGGGUUUGCUGCAGGAAGCCAAGUGCUACACAAUGGCAGUAAGAUGCCUGCAAGCUCGUCCAGCUCCGGCUCCCAGCCGGCCUCCAGCCAGGAGCUGAAUCUCCAGGCUCUAAACCUCCAGAGUGUCAAAAAUGGGCCGAACGUGGCCGGUGGGAGCAGCGUCCCCCGUCACCUCUGCACUGCCAUGUCCAAAGGCGCCGGUGGUGGCACAGCUGCAAGUGCAGGUGCCGGUGGUGUGAAAGGCAGCACAGCGGGUGCUGGGUUGAAUGCUGCCAGCUCGGGCUCGGGGGGGGACAGCAGCAAGAGCAAGAAGCAAACACACCGGGCAGGAGACAGGGACUUGGCCAAAGGCGGUGCAGCCGGCACGCAGGAUGGGCACGCGGCUGCGGAGAGCCGCAAGCCAGCAGCACUCUCCGAAAUGAGCACAGGUGAUGAGACCAGCUCGGAUUCGGACCGGGAUUCGGCUUCCUUCCCGGGAGUGGGUCAGAACAUGUCUGUCUCCAUCCAGACCAAUCAGGACUGGAAACCCACCCGCAGCCUGAUCGAGCACGUCUUUGUCACCGAUGUCACCGCCAACCUGAUCACGGUGACAGUCAAGGAAUCCCCCACCAGCGUUGGGUUUUUCAACCUACGGCAAUACUGAGCCCAGGAGCAUGAGAGGAGGAAGAGGGUCCUUCAGCCUCUCCCUCCACUUUGCCCAGCUCUUCCAUCAGGGUUUUUCUUUCUUCGAGUGAAUGCAGAGACCUGCUGGGACUCAUGUCCAGAGAAGCUUGAGAGAGACGCAGUGAAACCUGCUCAGAACUGCCAGCGGGUCGAUGGAUCCCUCCCGGCUUUUCCCCAUCCUCGCCUGGAGCAGCAUCCGGAGCAGAGGCAGCUGAUGCUGUUCUCCCGGAGCAGGGGCACUGGUGCUACCGGGGCUGCCAGGCUGGCAAGUUUUGAGCCAGGCUUCACUGAAUGUGGGUUCCUUUGCUUUAGACCUUGAAACAGCUGCUGCCAAGGUCUGCAGCUCCCCAGCAGCAGGAGACGGGCCAGGCUUCUACUCAGGAGAGCAAGAGGAGAUCCUUUUCUUUCCUCUGGGCUCCCCACGUGUCUGCCCCUGCACCGUGGCGAGCCGCAGGUCAAUCCAAACGAGGCGGCCGCUGCUCGCAGCCCUGGGGCCAGCUGCAUCCGGGGGUUUUUCAGGGUAUGCUCAGCCCAGCCACCCCCCUGGGCCAGGUCACUUCCAAUGAUGCAGUCCACGACGUUCCUGUUGUGGUUUCCAGCUGAUAGGGAAAUAUUGUUUACAUUUUUUAAUAAGGAAAAAUCCUGGUUUUGUCUUUGAGGGAGAGGAAUAAACCCCGUCGAGGGAAGGCUGAAGCCCAGGUGCCACCGACGGCGGGUGUCAAAGGAGCCUCUUUCAGAGCAAGGGAUGCUGUUAGCAGGUACCUCUUUACUGCCUGCGGUCCUACCUUGGGAGCCAGAGAGCUGCUGAUUUCUUCACAGUGACUUGAUGGCAGAGGAGCUGUUUGAGGAGCUCUGCACAGGUGGGUUGGAGCAGGUGGAAGGGGAAGGAAAGGAGAAGGGGCAGGGAGCAGGCAGUAGGUACCCGAGGCUGUUGUUCCCUGAGGAGAUGGAGACCCUGCAGCAGCCAUUCACCUUUGUCUUGCCAUCCUGUGCCAGCAGCUGGGUAUUCAUUUUGGCUCAUGAUUGCAAGCAAUAAUGGCUUUUUAUGGAGGUUUUUUUUCCCUACUGUAGAUUCCUCUUAUGAGCCAAAAUUAGCAGCAGUAAUUCAGGCAGAGUUUAGUAGCAUUCAAGGUCAUUUUUGUUCUGCUAUGGCUGAACUCUGUUCUCAGAGGAGAUAAAAAGCCUGAACAAGGUUAGGAGGUGCCUCCAAAGGGCUUCCCACCAGCAUCAGGGCUCCCCACGUGCUCGGGGCAUCUUGCUUUGCCACAGGCAGGGACAUUCACAGGGUCAUCAC